AUGGGUUUUGGUAGGGUUCAACGGGCCGCAACUACUCGGGAGUCAGCCGGUUCAAUCACCCCCAGCGGACCGUUUUCUCGUGCUCAUUCCGCUAAAUUGCCAUCAUCUAGUCGAAGUUUCUCCAAGCUCGAUACUGUCAUUAUCCACCACUCCAGGGACGAAGUAGCAUUCGCUACACCAAAGAUCUCAGGAAGUCGGCCAGACUCUACCCGUUUGGAACGAAGCAAAGCAGGCUCCAAACCUAGUGCGGCCAGUUUGACGCUAAAACGUCAUCGUGGGCACGAAUUGUUGAUGUCUAAUGAGGACACACCGGAACUAAUUGCGAUGCAUGAGUUAAAGGCGAGUCGCGGGGCGUACACGAAACAGCUGGAUGAACUAGAUCCAAAUAAGACGCCCAAUCUUCCCGGUCCCUCGACAAGUCGGCGUGCUAGUUGUCAGAGCGAUGGCUCGCAAACAGCUUUGAUCAAUUUGGAUCCGGUUGUUGCGGUCACGGCUGCAGCAAAAGGUUUAAGUCAGGCCACUCGGCAUCUGCGUCCCAGUGAACCGUUCGGGUCAACUGAGAUGAAACCGAUUUUACCCACGGGUAGGGAAGGUAAGCAAACUAUUCGCCCAAUCUGUCCAUAUACUGAGCCUUUCGUACAUAAGGUUUUUCUCCAAUUGCGAGGUCGCUGGUAA